UUUUGGAAAUCGGCUGAAUUGAGAUAUGGCCGUCGCUUCUCGUACCAUUCACCACACACAUAUUACGAAUAUACUAUUAGCAAAAAACAAUGUGUCACAGAUUGUUCUCCAUAAUUUGCCGAGGGCACUUCGACGAGACAUGAAAACUAUCGCUGCACUCUAUAAGGAUAAUAGCGGUAAACCGGAUCAGGAAAGCUUUGCCAAUGGCAGCAGUGUAAACUAUAUUGAGGGUCUAUAUGCGAGUUGGAAGAAAAAUCCAAAAUCUGUUGAUCAGUCUUGGGAUGCCUACUUUAGUGGAAAGCCACGAAGCAUCUCCACAAAUACAAUGCAAGCCAAGCCGGCCAUUGCAGCCAAUCCAGCCAAGGCAGCAUCCAAAGCUAGCUCACCAAGAUCGAUCGCGACAACACAAUCUAAUCAAAAUGCUGCAGCGCCCAAUCCAACACCCACCGCUGACUGGGGCUAUAUAGACGAUCACUUGACGGUUCAGGCCAUAAUCAGGGCGUAUCAGACGCGUGGCCAUCUAGCUGCCGAUCUAGACCCCUUAGGGAUUGUGGGAGCAUACAGCGGUAGUGAUAACGGUGAUGGUCGCAAGCGUCAGGCCACCGAAGCGGUGUUACGCCAACACUUUUCCUAUGUAUUCAAUGAUUUAAAUGCUACGUUCAAGCUGCCCUCCUCCACUAUGAUUGGCGGUGAUGAACACUUUCUGUCCUUAAAGGAAAUUCUUGAUCGUCUGGAGCGGGUGUACUGUGGCCCCAUUGGUGUGGAAUAUAUGCAAAUUACUUCUCUGAACAAGACGAACUGGGUGCGCGAGCGGUUCGAGAAACCCGGUGCAGUCCGAUUCUCUCCCAAUGAGAAGAAACUUGUACUGGAGAGAUUAACACGCUCGACGGGCUUUGAGAAUUUUCUAGCAAAAAAGUUCAGCUCUGAAAAGCGUUUCGGUUUGGAAGGCUGCGAUAUUAUGAUACCUAUCAUGAAGGAAAUUAUCGAUCGGUCCACAAACAAUGGCGUAGAGUCCGUUUUUAUAGGUAUGGCACAUCGCGGACGACUAAAUGUCCUGGCCAAUAUCUGUCGGAAGCCCAUUGCUGACAUUCUGUCACAGUUCCAUGGUCUGAAGGCCACCGAUUCCGGCUCGGGCGAUGUGAAGUAUCAUUUGGGAUUAUUUACGGAGCGUCUGAAUGCAAGGACCGGCAAGAAUGUACGCAUCACAGUCGUAGCCAAUCCAUCGCAUUUGGAAUAUGUGAAUCCCGUAUUGCUUGGGAAAGCUAGAGCGGAAAUGUAUUAUCGGGGCGAUGCCACUGGCACCAAAGUGCUCCCCAUUACAAUACAUGGAGACGCGUCGUUUUGUGGCCAGGGCAUCGUAUACGAGUCCAUCCAUAUGUCCGAUUUGCCAGGCUACUCGACUCACGGCACCAUACACAUCGUGACCAACAAUCAGGUUGGAUUCACGACUGAUCCAAGAUUCUCCCGGUCCUCGCGCUACUGCACGGAUGUUGCGCGCGUGCUGAAUGUCCCCAUUUUUCACGUGAACGCCGAUGACCCGGAGGCCUGCGUGCACUGUGCACGUGUCGCCACCGACUGGCGUGCCAAGUUCCACAAGGACGUGGUCAUCGACAUUGUUGGUUACCGCCGCAACGGACACAAUGAGGCUGAUGAGCCAAUGUUUACACAACCCCUGAUGUACCAGCGGAUUCGCGAACUGAAACCUUGCGUACAGCUAUAUGCUGAAAAAUUAAUUAAACAGGGAAUCAUUCAGGAGGCUGAGUACAAGAGCAUGAACGCCAAAUACGAAAAGAUAUGCGAAGAUGCUUGGGUGGAGUCCAAGAAGAUGAAGACAUUCAAGUAUGCCAGCUGGAUUGACUCGCCUUGGUCUGGUUUCUUCGAGGGGCGUGACCGUUUAAAGAUAUGCCCCACGGGUGUAGCCAUGAAGACAUUAAACCACAUUGGCAGGAUUUUCGCAAGUCCACCGCCACCGGAGCACAAUUUUGUGUUGCACAAGGGAAUUAAACGCAUACUGGCUCUGCGGAUGCAAAUGGUCAAAUCAAAGAUGGCCGAUUGGGCGCUGGGCGAGGCAUUUGCCAUUGGUUCGCUGCUCAGGGAUGGAGUUCACGUUCGACUUUCCGGGCAAGACGUGGAGCGCGGCACCUUCUCGCAUCGUCAUCACGUAUUCCAUCAUCAGACGCAGGACAAGGCUAGAUAUAACUCCAUGGAACACAUGUAUCCCGACCAGGCGCCAUACACCGUCUCCAACAGUUCGCUGUCCGAGUGCGCCAUCCUUGGCUUUGAGCACGGCUAUUCUAUGGCCAAUCCCAAUUCGUUGGUCAUCUGGGAGGCGCAAUUCGGAGACUUUGCGAACACUGCCCAGACUAUUAUUGACAAUUUCAUAUGCAGCGGCGAAACAAAGUGGGUUCGACAAUCCGGUCUGGUGAUGUUGCUGCCGCAUAGUAUGGAGGGCAUGGGACCCGAACAUUCAUCCGGCCGCAUGGAGCGGUUCCUUCAGCUGAGCGACGAUGAUCCCGAUGUCUAUCCGGACACAACAGACUGCGACUUUGUCGCGCGCCAGAUCAUGGAGACUAAUUGGAUUGUGACUAACUUAUCUACGCCGGCCAAUUUCUUCCACGCGCUGCGUCGGCAGGUGGCUUUUGGAUUUCGCAAGCCAUUGGUAAAUUUUUCACCCAAGUCCGUGCUACGUCAUCCAAUGGCACGCAGUCCAUUCCGUGACUUUAACGAGUGCAGUGCGUUCAAGCGUCUCAUACCCGACACGGGUAAAGCGGCUCAACAGCCCGAAUGCGUAACAAAGUUAAUAUUUUGCACAGGCAAGAUCUAUUACGAUCUGGCGAAGGAACGCGAGGAUCAUCAGCAGGAAGAAACUGCGGCCAUUGUUCGUAUUGAGCAGAUUUGUCCCUUCCCCUACGAUUUAGUCAGCCAGCAAAUCGAAUUAUAUAAAAAUGCCGAGCUGAUGUGGGUCCAGGAGGAGCACAAGAAUCAAGGCGCCUGGGCUUAUGUCCAGCAACGUUUCGAUACCACGCUCAUCAAAGUGGAAAAUGAAUCACGAUGCAUUUCCUACUUUGGCCGACCAACGAAUUCGGCAUCGUCUACCGGAAACAAGGUGCAACAUUAUAAUGAGUAUAAGGCCUUUAUAACAAACAUAUUUGGCAAAUUGACCGAAGAAAACCUGCAGCGACUGGAGAAGAUUAAGGCAGCACAGCAAAUGGAGGCAAAGGCUUCAAUGGAAGCAGCCAAAAAGACAGAUGAAGCGAAAAAGGCUGCAGAAGCCAAAAAGAAGGAGGUAAGCGAAGCGAAAAAGAAACCGGAACCAAAGCCUGCUGGCAAGUAAAAAUUUUGAAGAGCCCACACCAUGAUAACAGCAUAGGAAGUUUUAAAUUUUAAAUUCAUUCAAAAUUUUGUAUAAAUUAAAAAUUUUAAAUUAAUUAAAAAUAAAUUUAGGCAAGUCUCAAGAA